GGCUCGGUUGAGUGUCGCGCGACUUUUUUGAUCUUGUUCCGGGAUCCUGCACACGAGCAGCAGCGCCACUGCUUCAUACGUGGCAGCAGUUAAUACACGUGUGAAAGAGCCGAGGGACCAGAGACUCCUCUCUCUCUCUCUCUCUGCUGCUGAGAAUGGAGCUGUGCUGACAGCAUGAUCAGCAGAUUUAACAUCACACUGCAAUAAAAUAUCUAGUCUGAAGCGAGUGAAGUUGUUUGGCGAGCUUUCUGCACUGCUGGCGCUCCGGGAGACGCACGGAAUGCCGAGAGCCGUGAACAGGGUUCUUUGAUUGGCAGCUGUAAGUGCCGCCGUGGGCAGGAGGAUGAGGGUGCGCUGGUCGAGGAAGGUGGCUUUUCUGACGAAGGCUGGCUUCUUCAUCUCCGUUCUGUGGCUCUUCUACCUCCUUCUGUUCCGCUCAUCCAACACCGCUCCGGCCGAAGACAGCAGGAAAUGGACCCCAGGCAUCUUUAAACGGCAAGAAGAGGACGCAGAGACCCUGAAGCGGCCUGUUUAUGUGAAGCCUCCUCCUGAGCUGAGGGCAUAUGGAGAGUGGGGCAGAGCCACCCGACUGAACCUUAACUCCGAGGAGAAGAAGCAGGAGCAGGACAGCAUCGAGCACUAUGCCAUCAACAUCUACGUCAGCGACAAGAUCUCUCUCCAUCGACACAUUGAGGAUAACCGGAUGCACGAAUGUAGAAGCAAGAUGUUUGACAUCCGUCGCCUCCCAACCACAUCUGUGAUCAUCGCCUUCUAUAAUGAGGCCUGGUCCACCCUGCUGAGAACCAUCCAUAGUGUACUGGAGACCACACCUGCUGUCCUGAUGAAGGAAGUCAUUCUCGUUGAUGACUUGAGUGACCGAGGCUAUCUGAAAUCCCAGCUGGAGGAGUACAUUAGCAACCUGGAGCGCGUACGCCUCAUCCGCACUAAUAAGAGAGAGGGAUUGGUUCGAGCUCGGCUUAUCGGUGCCACGUAUGCCACAGGAGAUGUACUCACCUUUCUGGACUGCCACUGUGAGUGUGUGCCUGGCUGGAUCGAGCCUCUGCUGGAAAGGAUUGCUGAGAAGCAGGACACUGUUAUAUGUCCAGUGAUUGAUACCAUUGACUGGAACACAUUUGAGUUCUACAUGCAGACUGAUGAGCCCAUGGUGGGUGGCUUCGACUGGCGGCUUACGUUCCAGUGGCACACAGUGCCUGAAGUGGACCGCAGAAGACGGAAAUCCCGAACAGACCCCAUUAGAUCUCCCACCAUGGCCGGGGGCCUGUUUGCCGUAAGCAAGGCCUACUUUGAAUAUCUGGGCACUUAUGACACAGGCAUGGAGGUUUGGGGAGGAGAGAAUCUGGAACUUUCCUUCAGGGUUUGGCAGUGUGGCGGCUCGUUAGAGAUUCACCCCUGUUCCCAUGUGGGUCAUGUCUUCCCUAAGAAGGCACCGUAUGCCAGGCCGAAGUUUCUCCAGAACACAGUGCGAGCUGCUGAGGUCUGGAUGGACUCUUACAAGGAGCUUUUCUAUAACCGCAACCCUCCUGCUCGUAAGGAAACAUAUGGGGACAUUUCGGAUAGGAUUCUCUUACGAGAGAGGCUAAAGUGCAAGAGCUUUGACUGGUAUCUAAAGAACAUCUACCCGGAUCUGCACGUGCCUGAGGACAGACCUGACUGGCAUGGAGCUGUGCGUAGUGGUGGGAUUUCCUCGGAGUGUCUGGACUACAACGCUCCGGAUCACAAUCCCACAGGGGCUCACCUGUCUCUGUUCGGGUGCCAUGGACAAGGAGGGAAUCAGUAUUUUGAGUACACCUCGUCGAAGGAGAUCCGCUUUAACUCCGUAACCGAGCUGUGUGCGGAGUAUGUAGAUGGCCAGAAGCAUAUAGGAAUGAAACACUGUCCUCGUGACGGAGAACCAGUUCCUCCCAACAUCGUCUGGGAGUUCAAAGAUACUGGAGUUAUUUAUCACCCUCUGUCAGAUAAGUGCAUCGCUGCAUACCGUACAGAAAAUGGGCGGACUGACGUGCAGAUGAAAAAAUGCUCAAAUGAAGAGAUGAACCAGAAAUGGAAGUUCGAAUGAUUGUGAUUUUUUUCCACAUGACCUCGAUUUCAAGAAGUGCGUUUUCCAUGAAGUCCAAGCAUCAGUUCGGUAGUUUGUUUAAACAGUUCGUAAUUUUCCUUUUUAUCUUGCACUACGACUUUGUAAACUUGAUGGUCAAUCUGACUGGAUCGGAGUGGAAUUAAGAAGUACUAAAACUAACGAAGAGAAUCAAAAGCGACUACUUCAGUUGCUCAGAAAGAAUAUUACUUUUAAUUGUUGUUCACUGACAGAAAUGUGGAAGGUCUGUGGCUUGUUGAAGAGUAGACUAGGUUCUGUUCAGUGCCUUUGAAAACCAAAGGGUGACCAAGUCUCUCUUUUUGUUUUUGUUUUUCUCUGUUUUAUCCGGCGCAUCACUGUACCCUUCAGUAGCAAUAUGGGGAAGAAAAUAUAGUUGUGUUGGAACCAUUUGUGUUUACAUGAUUGCACUAUGUAUUGAUACUUCAGCAGAACUGUGAGUUGUGAUCAUAUGGUCAAAACUCAGCUUUUGUAUUUAUAAAAGUGUAUUUUUAGAUGAGCAUUUCAGGGAGUGGUAAGAACCCGUUGAGCUUCCUGUGCUCUUUUUACCCUCUCUUGUCUUGCAAUUUAAAAAAAAGAGAGAGAGAGGAAAAAAAAGUUGAUGUUUGUACCUGUAUGAAGGCUUAUUGAUGUAUUUCCAUUAUAUUGUGGGUUGAUUUUCUUGUAACCUCCACAGACAUGUUCUGCACCAACACACUGUGCCUUAUUGCUGUGAUCUCAACUGCAAAAUCACUCGAGCUGGAUUCAUAGUUUACAUAUCCCCCCCCCCAGUUAAGUUUCUAAGUUGAUCACGGAGGCCAAACUUUAGGCUGUCGACAGAUUUAAGAAGGGAAGAUAUUCCUGAAAUCAAAUCAGUGUAUGAGAAAUGCUGUGCCUUAAUCUGGUAGGAAGCAAAUGAUUUUUACCACCACACACACACACACACACAUAUAUGCGCACUCCAUUUCAUUCUGUGCAUGAUGUUCGAGGGGGAGAUAACCUGGGGGAAAUUUGUUUUUUUUUAUGAAUGAUCUUAAAAUGUACUACAACCCCGAUACCAAAAAAAGUUGGGACAAAGUACAAAUUGUAAAUAAAAACGGAAUGCAAUAAUUUACAAAUCUCAAAAACUGAUAUUGUAUUCACAAUAGAACAUAGACAACGUAUCAAAUGUUGAAAGUGAGGCAUUUUGAAAUUUCACGCCAAAUAUUGGCUCAUUUGAAAUUUCAUGACAGCAACACAUCUCAAAGUUGGGACAGGGGCAAUAAGAGGCUGGAAAAGUUAAAGGUACAAAAAAGGAACAGCUGGAGGACCAAAUUGCAACGCAUUAGGUCAAUUGGCAAUAGGUCAUUAACAUGACUGGGUAUAAAAAGAGCAUCUUGGAGUGGCAGCGGCUCUCAGAAGUAAAGAUGGGAAGAGGAUCACCAAUCCCCCUAAUUCUGCGCCGACAAAUAGUGGAGCAAUAUCAGAAAGGAGUUCGACAGUGUAAAAUUGCAGAGUUUGAACAUAUCAUCAUCUACAGUGCAUAAUAUCAUCAAAAGAUUCAGAGAAUCUGGAAGAAUCUCUGUGCGUAAGGGUCAAGGCCGGAAAACCAUACCGGGUGCCCGUGAUCUUCGGGCCCUUAGACGGCACUGCAUCACAUACAGGCAUGCUUCUGUAUUGGAAAUCACAAAAUGGGCUCAGGAAUAUUUCCAGAGAACAUUAUCUGUGAACACAAUUCACCGUGCCAUCUGCCGUUGCCAGCUAAAAUUCUAUAGUUCAAAGAAGAAGCCGUAUCUAAACAUGAUCCAGAAGCGCAGACGUCUUCUCUGGGCCAAGGCUCAUUUAAAAUGGACUGUGGCAAAGUGGAAAACUGUUCUGUGGUCAGACGAAUCAAAAUGUGAAGUUCUUUAUGGAAAUCAGGGACGCCGUGUCAUUCGGACUAAAGAGGAAAAGGACGACCCAAGUUGUUAUCAGCGCUCACUUCAGAAGCCUGCAUCUCUGAUGGUAUGAGGUUGCAUUAGUGCGUGUGGCAUCAAUGCUGAAAGGUAUAUCCAGGUUCUAGAGCAACAUAUGCUCCCAUCCAGACGACGUCUCUUUCAGGGAAGACCUUGCAUUUUCCAACAUGACAAUGCCAAACCACAUACUGCAUCAAUUACAGCAUCAUGGCUGCAUAGAAGAAGGGUCCGGGUACUGAACUGGCCAGCCUGCAGUCCAGAUCUUUCACCCAUAGAAAACAUUUGGCGCAUCAUAAAACGGAAGAUACGACAAAAAAGAUCUAAGACAGUUGAGCAACUAGAAUCCUACAUUAGACAAGAAUGGGCGAACAUUCCUAUCCCUAAACUUGAGCAACUUGUCUCCUCAGUCCCCAGACGUUUACAGACUGUUGUAAAGAGAAAAGGGGAUGUCUCACAGUGGUAAACAUGGCCUUGUCCCAACUUUUUUGAGAUGUGUUGUUGUCAUGAAAUUUAAAAUCACCUAAUUUUUCUCUUUAAAUGAUACAUUUUCUCAGUUUAAACAUUUGAUAUGUCAUCUAUGUUCUAUUCUGAAUAAAAUAUUGUAUUUUGAAACUUCCACAUCAUUGCAUUCCGUUUUUAUUUACAAUUUGUACUUUGUCCCAACGUUUUUGGAAUCGGGGUUGUAAAAUACAGUCAUGUUUGUUCAAUAGAACUUAUGCACCAAUGUAUGACCAUGUUUAGAAAAAUACCUGUGUCGUGCCAUCAUGACCACUUUCUGUAUUCAUGUCUCUUUUUAUGCUUUGGGUGUAACGUAACUGCAUAGGCAUUUAAGAUUGUCUGUCUGAAAUGUUAGCCAAAGGAAACUGUUUAAACUGCUGUUAGUCAUUUUCUUUCUUAAGUCUUCCAGAUGUCAAACUAGCACUAAUUUUAUGUUUGAAACAAAAUGGUUUCGCUUAGGAGCUGAAUUACAGGACCAGUCAUUCCUCUGAUCUGAAAUUCCACGGACAUUACGAUACACUGUGGCCUUAAAAACUGUCCGUCAUGGACUUGUUUCGGCUUUUGCGAUAUUAAUCACUCGUUUCCGAUAAAUCUGUUUUAAUGUUUAUAGAUGAUUGUUUGAACAUGGUGUAAAGGGACCUUUGUUAUGGUGUGAAAGAGUAUUUAAAACUACUGAUUAAGCACAAACUGUGGUGAUUGCCUUGUGUACGCUACAGUAUAAUGAGUGUUCGUUGUACUGAAUCAACCAUUUUACCCCGAUGACCAGUGCAGAUUAAAUGGAUCGAAUUUAUUUUUUCGAACCAGUUGGAUUUAAGAGUGCCACUUUAAGCAACAUAAAAACAGGAAUCAUUUCCUGUGUUGCCUCUUUCUGUGCUCUGCUGCAGUGCCAUCUUGUGGUAAUUAUUAAAUUAUUUCCAUAUGAUUCAUAAGCACAUGAUUUGAACAUGUCAUUGGAUAAAUUACAGCUUCUGCGUGGUUGUAAAAGACUCAAAAUUAGGUGUGUUGUGUAGAAAAGUUUGUACAACAGCUUUUGUCACUUUUACAAUAAGAGGACUGAAACCACGCGGCACUCAGAUUACCGUUUCAUCUGUUAUACUCAUCAAUUAUUGAUUUUAAUUUGGAUAAACAUGCUUUUUAUUUCACACAUCAUAUCAGCUUUAAAGGAUGUCUAGGUUAAGCAAUGCAUUAUAUUACAGGGUCUAAUUGAUGACUUAUUAAGAAGGAUGUAAGGCAAACUAUUACAUGUUAAAGGCAGACAGGUAGCGGCAUUCAUGAGUUUCAUCAUUUUUUUUUAAGUGUUUUAAUUCUGUAUUUCUUUGCUGGAGCUAUUGGUUUACUCUGAAUAUUAAACAUGAUAAACAGAACCAUUGAAACAUUAA